AUGUCGCUGGUCAUGGACGGAACCUUUGCGCUGCGCCACGAGAGAACCGUCCCAGCUCUUGCCCCCUCGAACGAUAGACCCGCGCGUCAAGUCUUGGCAUCGAAACUGUUUUUGUUUAUCCUGUCCUACACCCUCCAUGACAGAGAGCCAGCACCAGGCGCCGCCAUCACCAACUCGUCAUCCCCCGCAGACGCCGCCGCCGCGGGGCUACCCCAAUUCAUCUCGUCGGCGUCGCCAGAGGGCAGCGACUCCGCAGCGAGAUCAAGCGACACGUCCGUCGCCACCAGCUCGCAUGGCGGCCGCCAACCUCUGAGCCGACGAGGUCAUUUCAAGUCGCGCAUGGGAUGCUUCAAUUGCAAGCGACGCCGUGUCAAGUGCAACGAGCUACGGCCCCAAUGCUCGCCCUGCCGUCGUCUCGCUCUCGACUGCUCCUAUCCACCAACGCCUACUCCCGCCGCGAGUGCCAUACGCUCCAAUCCAUCCAUGCUUUCCAUGGAAGAUCUCCGCUUCUACCAUCAAUUCAUCACCACAGCCAUCCCUCCCCUCCCGCUGAAAGCGGAUAGGGGCUGGAUGGAUUGUGCCGCCAUGUCUCACGAGUAUGAUUUUCUCGCGCACGCUGUUCUCGGCCUCGGCGCUUCUCAUCUCACAAGCCAUACCAAUGCCGACUUCACCUCACAAGCGCUACAGCACCGGCUCGUGGCAAUCAAGCAGGUCAACGAGCAGCUCAGUAACCCACCCUCGAGUCAGCAGGCCUUGGACGCUAUCCUCGCCGCGCUCUUUUGUCUCAUCACACAAGCCUCGCUCAUUGACGAUGGCCUCGCCGAUUACAUGACCAUUAUUCGUGGCGGUCAUCUCAUCGUCAUCAUCAUCAUCGGUGACAUGUCCAACUCUGUUUUUCCCGGCUUUACAGUGGAGGGACACGACAGGUUGUCGGCUGAAUUGUCACGAGAAGACCAGCGAGAUGAUAUGACGGACAUGAACGAAUUUUCAUUUUCGCUGCGCAUGCUGGAGCCUUUGUUACAGGCCCCCUAUGAACACAGAUAUUACGGCAUGAUGUCGCAGAUACCUCCUGCCAUGCAACGAUCCUCUUUACAAGCGUGGAUGAUGUUUUCGAACCUCUUUCGAUUUCCGGCUACAUUUAGCAAUGAAGAGUUCCUCGAGCUGGUCAAUCCUGAAAACUACGGGUCCCGGCUCCUGCUAAUACACAUGUUCCUCGUCGAUUAUGUGAUUGCUGCAAUAUGCCUCUCCCCCGACACGCCCAUCAGAGCCCCUGCGCGAAAACAUGUCAUCAUAAGACUACUGAUUGUCGCCACCUUUUUACACCCUGACAGCCUCAGGAAGCAAGGUCGCAUGAAGCGCCCGUGGUACCUACCCGUUGAUUUAUCACUAUAUAAUAACCAAUUCCCUACAUGCUCGGUCUGCGAAAUGCUGCCGGGGCUUUAUCAACUCGCUGUGCGAGGUCAGUGCAGUGUCAGCACAAGGUCAGCGCCAGAGUCGCGUCUCACCUACAUGGGCAUACGUCUGGAAAGCAGCACAGACAAUAACACACAUGACGAAGAAAUAUUAGACCUUGGAUGCAAGCCGGUCUGUGCCGGUCCAUGGACCGCUCCGUAG